AUAAGCAUCCAACAGCAAUGCACCAAGUCGCUCCUAGCUUCCCCAAAGCCCUCCAACCGGCAGAGCACGGCGGGGAGAAACAUGAAAGGCAAGAGGCAGCGGUUGUUUCGAGCUGUACUGAAGUAUGUGGAGAAGGUUUCUCUGGGAAAUCAUGUUCAAAGAUAUGUCUAGUUGAUGUCUACCCCACCAGUGAUCCCAGCAAGCGCCAGAGGAUGUAUGCUAUGCUGGAUGACCAGAGUAACGUAUCGCUUGCACGCUCUGAGUUUUUUGACAUGUUUGAGGUCAGUGGUAACGCAGCGCCAUACACCCUCCAGACGUGCAGUGGUAUAGGUCUCACUUCUGGCAGAAGAGCCCUUGGUUAUAUGAUUGAGUCCAUUGAUGGCUCUCUUGCUAUGCCCCUGCCCAUGCUAAUCGAGUGCAAUAUGAUACCCAACAAAAGAGAAGAAAUUCCUACACCAUCAGCCGCUAGUGCUCACAGCCACCUGAAGGGUUUAGCUCACAAAAUACCACCUCUAGACAACAGCGCUGGCAUUUUGCUACUGCUCGGAAGGGACAUUUUGAGAGUACAUAAAGUGCGCCGUCAAAUCAACGGGCCCCAUGAUGCACCAUACGCUCAGAGACUCGACUUAGGCUGGGUGAUAGUUGGAGAUGUAUGCCUGGGCAGCACACACAGGCCUUCAGAAGUCACUACUCUCAAAACCCACAUUCUGACAAAUGGAAGGCCAACUCAUUUUCCACCUUGUGAAAAUCACUUUACAGUCAAGUCAGAGACCAGUAGCCCUAACUUAAAAGGCUACAUACACAACGAAAGUAUUGGGAAAAAUGUGUUUUGUCAAACCACAAAUGAUAACAAGAUUGCACCUUCAAUGGAAGAUCUUUUGUUCUUAAAACUAAUGAACAAUGAAUGUGUACAGGAUGAAACACAAAGCUGGGUGGCUCCACUGCCAUUUCGCCAACCGAGGGCACUGCUCCCAAACAACCGGCAAUACGCAAUCAGCCGCUUCAAGUCUCUGGAACGAACUCUAAACAAAAACCCUGAAAUGAAAGCUCAUCUCAUUGACUUCAUGCAGAGAAUGAUGGACAAUGGGCAUGCAGAACUGGCACCCCCAGCACAAGAAGACAAGGAGUACUGGUACUUGCCUUACUUCGGAGUAUACCACCCAAAAAAAACAUCACAGAUAAGAGUGGUUUUUGACUCCAGUGCGCAGUUUGAAGGAACGUCACUCAAUACAGUGCUAUUGUCAGGACCAAAUCUAAACAACAAUUUGUUGGGAGUACUGCUCAGAUUCAGGAAACAUCCGGUAGCAGUCACUGCAGACAUCCAGCAGAUGUUCUAUUGUUUCUUGGUGCGUGAGGACUGCAGAGAUGUACUGAGAUUUGUCUGGUACAAGGACAAUGAUACACAGAAAGAGCUUGUGGACUAUAGAAUGCGUGUGCAUGUGUUUGGCAACAGCCCCUCACCUGCGGUAGCUACAUAUGGACUGAGGAGAGCUGCUCAACAAGGAGAGGCAAAAUACGGGUCAGACGUCCGCCACUUCAUCGACCGUGAUUUUUAUGUGGACGAUGCUUUGAAAUCUGUUCCGACUGUGGGUGAUGCAAUCGACCUUCUCAAACGAACACAACGGAUGCUGGCAGACUCAAACCUCCACCUUCUCAAAAUAGCAUCAAACAAAGUUGAGGUGAUGGACGCCUUCUCAGAUCAAGACAGAGCCAAGGAUCUUCAGGGUCUGAAUCUGUUCAAGGAUGACCUCCCAGAUCAGCACAGCCUGGGAGUUAAGUGGAAUAUUAUGGAGGACUAUUUCACUUUCCACAUCCCACACACCGAUAAGCCCUACACACGAAAGGGGGUCUUAUCAACUGUAAACAGUGUGUUUGACCCACUUGGGUUUUUGUCCCCAAUCAUCAUUCAAGGACGACUUCUUCUCAGAGAAUUAUCUCUUCAGACGACGGAGUGGGACGAACCUCUUCCUGAGGACCUAAAGGGCCAAUGGAUAAAGUGGAAACUGUCCCUCCAGUGCCUUAGCGAACUUCAUGUCCCACGCACAUACACUAAAAGGUCUCUGUCUCGAGCUAAAUAUGUGGAGCUUUGUAUCUUUUCAGACGCAUCCAUGAAGGCAAUAUGCGCAGUCUCGUACUUAAGGGUCACCGCUCAUGAUGGCACAACAGAGGUUGGUUUCAUCCUAGGUAAGGCACGACUUGCUCCACGGCCAGAGCUCACAGUUCCUAGGCUUGAACUUUGUGCCGCAGUAAUGGCGGUUGAAAUGGCAGAGAUCAUAAAGGAAGAGAUUGAUCAUCCCAUUGACAAAACUAGUUUCUACACAGACAGCAAAGUGGUCCUAGGUUAUAUUCACAACCAGUCCAGGCGCUUUUAUGUGUAUGUGAACAACCGUGUGUGCCGCAUCAGAGAGUCAACUACUCCAGAGCAAUGGCAUUUCGUUGCUACAGACCAGAAUCCUGCUGACCACGGCUCGCGAUCUGUCCCUGCUGCAGAGUUGCUGAACACAUCGUGGUUCAGAGGUCCGGCCUUCCUUCAGCAUUCGGAUAAACAGCCAGAGCAACAUGGAUUUGAACUUCUUGAUCCAGAAAAUGAUGUAGAGGUACGCCCAGAGGUAAAGACACUUUGCACUAAGGUUUCUAAGGGCACCCUUGGCACAAUGCGUUGGAAGCGCUUUUCCACUUGGCGCUCGUUAAGUAAAACCAUGUCACGCCUCAUCCAUGUUGCACAAUGCUACUCUCAGUCAAAAACGGAUCCAAACUGCACAGGGUGGCACAUCUGUAGAACAGCCAUCACCCCAGAACUGUUAGAACAAGCAGAGACAUUAAUCAUCAGAAAUGUGCAGUCUGAAGCAUAUGCAGAGGAAAUACGAUCCAUCAAUACAAAGCAGAACCUUCCUACAAACAGCCCACUCACCAAGCUUAACCCCUUCAUUGGAGAUAACAAGUUGUUGCAAGUUGGUGGUCGCAUUAGUCGUUCAGGGCUGGGAGUAAAAGAAACAAACCCUAUAAUCCUACCAGGAAGUAAUCACAUCACAACCCUGAUUGUGCGACACUACCAUGAAAAGGUAAACCAUCAGGGAAGGCAUUUUACAGAGGGUGCUGUCCGAGAAAACGGCUUGUGGAUAGUAGGAGCAAAGGGAUGCAUUGGGAAAGUCAUAAGCCAAUGUGUAACAUGUAAAAAACUAAGAGGGAAGUUAGAAGAGCAGCUUAUGAGUGAUUUGCCUCUAGACAGACUCCAAGUGGCUCCUCCAUUCUCGUACGUGGGUAUGGACAUGUUUGGCCCAUGGGAGGUCACCUCAAGACGUACGAGAGGAGGGCAGGCAAACAGUAAACGCUGGGCAAUACUAUUCACAUGUUUAUGCACAAGAGGUGUUCACAUUGAAGUGGUGGAGGAGAUGAGCUCAUCAAGUUUCAUCAACGCACUGAGGCGUUUCUUUGCUCUGCGUGGUCCUGCAAAACAGCUGCGCUCAGAUUGUGGCACAAACUUCGUCGGAGCCUACAAGGAGAUGUCCACACCACAAGAAAGGGACAAAGUACAAAGGUUUCUGCAGGAUCAGAAGUGUACCUGGAUCUUCAACCCUCCUCAUUCUUCCCACAUGGGGGGAGUAUGGGAAAGGAUGAUUGGGUUGGCGCGGCGCAUAUUGGAUAACAUGCUGCUGCAAGCUGGUCGUGUUCGACUCACCCACGAAAUCUUAACUACUUUCCUUGCAGAAGUCACAGCCAUAAUAAAUGCACGUCCUUUGUUACCAGUCUCAUCAGACCCAGAGCAUCCCCACAUUCUCUCACCCGCAAUGCUGCUGACUCAAAAAACACAAGUUGUACCCCCCAUCUGUGACAACGUGGACCCCAAAGAAAUGCUCAAAAGCCAUUGGAAGCGUGUUCAGUUUCUUGCGGACACCUUCUGGAGCAGGUGGCGCAAAGAGUAUCUCAGCACACUGCAAACUCGUCAAAAGUGGCACUGCAAGAAGAUGGAUAUCAAACAAGGGGAUGUCGUUCUCCUCAAGGACAGGCAGACAAGAAGAAAUGAGUGGCCAAUGGGUGUUAUUGUUAAAACUUUCCCUAGUGAAGAUGGGAUCAUAAGGAAGGCAGAGGUAAAAGUUACCUCACAAGGGACUGUUAAGUGUUAUUUUAGGCCAAUUUCAGAGAUGGUUCUCUUGUUAUCAAGUGAGGUUCAAGUUUAAGUUGGUGGUAUCCCUGGGAUACCAGGCGGGGAGUGUUCUGACGUGUGUCAUGCGCUUUUAUUUUGAAGGCUGACUUUGCGGAUUUAAACAGGAUAUGACAUCACUCCUAUCGGUCAUUUGUAGUAGCAAGCAGAAAAGUUGAGAACUCUCUGAUGGCUGACAUGUGUUUCUAGGGAUGUUUGAGUUCAUGAAAGGCAUUCCCUCUACUUCUGGCCUGGUAUUCUGUUUAGCUGUGACACUAUUCUGAAGGAAAAACGAGGAUUUUUGGCCUUUUGGCCUAAGCCCAGGGACAAGGUAGCUGGCCGGAGUGGGCAGAGAGAACUG